CCUACAAACUUAAACAGUUGUCCUCACUUUGUGCUCACAAGCGUUAUCUCUUAAAAUGAACAACAAAGACAGAAAGCUGCUCAAGACGAACCAUUUGUACCUUUUGAAUAACUUAGAAAUUGAGAGGGUGAUAGAGGUCCUCUAUGAAGAUGCCAGGGAUAUUUUACAAGAUGAAGACGUUGCAGUGUUGAAGAGCAAAGCUACCCUCAGAGAGAAGCGUAAAGCACUACUAGAGUUGCUGCCACGCAGGGGACCGCAGGCGUUCCAAGCCUUCUGCGACGCUCUGGAGCACGAGAAUGUCAAGCAGAAGUACAUCGUGGACCAACUCCUGGGAAGAGCAACCACUCCAGAAGGAGCGUCCUCAAAUGUUCAAGAAACAAGACAGAUAGAAGAGGGAAUAAGCCAGAUCGCUAUUAGCGGUGCUAGUGGGGAACCUAGCGGACCAUCAACUCCUGCGACCGUCAGCUUGGAUGACACAGACGGCCCUAUUCAGGUGAACGUAGAGCCGUGUACGGAGAAGUUCUUUCACAACAUGAACUCACAGGAAAUUUGUUACACCAUGGUGAAACAGCCCCGUGGUCUGGCCUGUGUCGUGAGCAACACCGUGUUUGAUGCCAGUACCGAGCUAAAGGACAAGCCUAGGAAUGGGGGGAAAGUCGACCUAAAGAACAUCACAACACUUUUCAAGAAGCUCGGGUUUGUAGUGAGGGAACUUUGUGACAAAACAGCAAAGGAAAUUAAAGAUGGUAUUCAGUCUUUCGCGAAUGAUGAAGCACACAAGACUGCCAACUGCUGCGUGGUGGUGAUGAUGUCACAUGGCGUGCCGGAACACAUCUACGGCAGGGACGGGCAGCUGGUCAACAUCCCCAACAUCAUCAACAUGUUCAACAACACGAACUGCACUCCACUGCGGGGGAAACCCAAGCUCUUCUUCUUCCAGGCCUGCCGUGGAGAAACAGUUGACAAGGGCACGGCAGUUCCAGCCGUGCCGGAUUCUGGGUCUUUGUUGCCGAGUAACUUUCUGGAGAAUGCCAUUGGUCAAGACGAACCUGACGGCGCGCCUGAUCAACCAAGCAACACAGACAUGCUGAUAUGUUACCCCACGCAACUCGGGAACGUGUCCUUCCGCAACCCCGCCUGUGGCAGCUGGUUCAUCCAAGCCCUCACCAAGGUCUUCAUGAAUCGAGCUAAGGACCAAACUGUUCUGUCCAUGAUGACAACGGUGAAUCGUCUUGUGUCUGAGAAUACAGCAAGCACAUCGGAUCCUGCAUAUCGUGGUGGGAAACAAUCAUCAGAGUGCAUCCACCGUCUGGGAAAAGAGUUGUACUUCUUCCCUGGCAUUACAAAGUAA